AUGACCCACCAAACCCAUGCAUACCACAUAGUCAACCCUAGCCCAUGGCCACUUACAGGAGCCCUUUCAGCCCUCUUAAUAACCUCAGGCCUGGCUAUAUGAUUCCACUACAACUUAACACUGCUGUUAACCCUUGGAAUAACUACCAACUUACUAACUAUAUAUCAAUGAUGACGAGACAUUAUCCGAGAAAGCACAUUCCAAGGCCAUCAUACACCUAUCGUUCAAAAAGGCCUUCGAUACGGAAUAAUCCUCUUUAUCAUCUCAGAAGUAUUCUUUUUCGCAGGCUUCUUCUGGGCCUUCUACCACUCAAGCCUAGCCCCAACCCCCGAGCUAGGAGGAUGCUGACCACCAACAGGCAUUAUUCCCCUGAACCCCCUGGAAGUUCCACUACUUAAUACCUCCGUGCUUCUAGCCUCCGGAGUAUCAAUCACCUGAGCUCACCACAGUUUGAUGGAGGGAAAUCGAAAACACAUGCUUCAAGCACUAUUUAUUACAAUCUCUUUAGGGGUCUACUUUACACUCCUCCAAGCCUCCGAAUACUAUGAAACAUCAUUCACGAUCUCGGACGGAGUAUACGGAUCUACCUUCUUCAUGGCCACAGGAUUCCAUGGGCUACAUGUAAUUAUUGGCUCUACUUUCCUAAUUGUAUGCUUCUUACGCCAAUUAAAAUAUCACUUUACAUCAAAUCACCACUUCGGAUUUGAAGCCGCCGCCUGAUAUUGACACUUCGUAGACGUAGUUUGACUAUUCCUAUACGUUUCUAUUUAUUGAUGAGGAUCCU